CUAGAUAUUAGUCGAACAGAAAUUAUUAGUUUUGUCACUCAGUAGCACUCACAAGCACAAGUUUAUACUUUACAGUCGAUAGCAAUAAUUAUGUACUUCAAAAUCUCAAUUUUGCUACUAACUUGUUUAAUAUCUGCUGAAACCACUCUAUCCGCAAAACGUGUAAAUAAACUUUUAAAAGCAGCCUACUAUGCCUGUAGACUGGAUCGCCAAGUUCCUUUUGAAAGAGAUCUUAACGAGACCGAAAUGGCAAAUUUUAUGGAAAUAAAGGUAUCGGAACUUAGAGAGAUAGCGACUUCAAUUGGGAUAAGAAACUUAGACAAUAUAAACUUGGAGAGGUUUAUAUCGCUUGCAAAAGAGAUUGCCAAUAUUAACAAUUUUAUUAUAAGGACACCCGAAGGAGUGAUUGAAGGUGAUAUAUCCAAUAUACCUAUAGUAGAUGAUGUUGAAGUAUUACUAGUGGCUUACGCCAUCGCGAAAACUGAUCACGGUGUUCCUGCCGGAGUAGGUCUUAAUGCGGCUCAAAUGGCACACAGUACGGGACUUAAAGUAACCGAACUAACAGAAAUAGCAAAUUCAAUUGCAAUAGACAACCUAGACAAUAUAGAUUUGUGGAGUUAUGUAUUGAUCUCGAAGAAGAUUUCCUCAAUAUAUAAAGUUCCCAUCCAAUAAGCCGCAAACUUCAUAAAUAUUAUCGGUUUGUUACGAUUUAAACCCUGAACCGAAUUGUAAUCCAUUAUAACUCAU